AUGCUCCCAGUUCUGUUUCGGGACCAGCACCUCCUGCCACAACUGUAUCAAAUCCCUCCACAUAUCCGAACAGUCCAAAUCUUUGCGUCACAAGGUCUCUUGCUUCACCAGGCGCGCAUCAAAUCUCCGCCACCUCGCAAUCUACAUAUUUGGCCGGGGCUCCCAAAUCUUUCUCUUUGGAUCACAAUGAGGCGCAUUUGUCUUCUAUUAAUCCACCACCAAUGCCACUCGGCCCUCGAUACAGUCGUCGAUUGCACGUAA